CAGGCGCUGUGAGGGGGAAACAGGGAAACUGAAUUCACCGGAACACCGGCGUAAGAAAGUGUAAAUACACGCCAGCAGAUUUUGGGUUGGGUGUUUGAAAUAAUAAUUUCUAACACAUUAUCACAUUAUUAGUACGGCCUCAACAACAUGGGAGGUGGUGACCUUAACUUGAAAAAGAGUUGGCAUCCGCAAACUCUUAAAAACAUCGAGCGAGUGUGGAAAGCGGAACAGAAACAUGAGGCGGAGAGAAAGAAGAUUGAGGAGUUGCAGAAGGAGCUUAAAGAGGAGCGAGCCCGAGAAGAGAUUACCAGAUAUGCGCAAGAGACAGGCGCUGUAAAAAAGAAAGAUGACCGAUUGGACUGGAUGUACCAGGGUCCAGCAGGACAGAUCUCUCGAGAGGAAUACCUUCUUGGUCGCCCCAUCGACAAGCAGAUCACACAGCAGUAUGAGGAACCUGAGAGCGGACCAUCAGCUGAUACAGGCCUCCUGCCUGGUUCCAUAUUUAACCCUACAAGUUCUGUCUCUACUAAUGAUAUGGCUGCCAAGAUCAGAGAAGACCCUCUUUUUGAGAUCCGCAAACGUGAAGAGGAGAAGAAGAGAGGGGUUCUUACAAAUCCUGUUAAAAUGAAAGAAAUCCAAAAGAUGUUGCGUCACAAUCUUGAAAAGGAAAAGAGGAAACAAAAAAAGAAGAAAAGAGAGGAGAAAGAGAGGAGGAAGGAGAAAAAGCACAGAAAGAGGAGUUCAAGUUGCAAUGAGGAUGGCACAAAGAAUAGGUCAAAAGAGAAACGAUCAGAUGUCUCAACCUCUAAUAGACAUCACAAAUCAGGCUAUGGACUUCAAUUACCAGCAAACAGAUCUUCAGUAUCUAACCACACAGAUCACGGUUCAAGAGACAGGAGUCGGUCCCCGUUGUCUCAUAAAACAGACAGGGACAAUCACUCCUUUAGAGUGACAGAGCAGAGACCUAAAACCAAAGCCCCCAGCCCAUCAAGACACAGAGACCGCAAUCAAAGACAAUACACUAAUUACAGCAAGCACAUCUCAGCUGAAGAGUUGGAAAAAAAGAGAAAGGAAAUGAUGGAUUUUGCCCGUGAAAGAAAAGUGGAAAGGCAAAAUAAUGUGCAGAGGUACAAGCGACAAGAGGAACAGGAGAAAGCCAGAGACAAUGCCAAACAGGACCGUCAUGCUGGCUUCAUACAUGACAUGAAACUAGAGAGUGCUGCCACCUCCUCUCUGGAAGACCGUGUGAAGAGAAACAUUCACUCUAUUCAGAGGACCCCUGCUGCUCUGGAGAAGAACUUCAUGAGAAGAUGAGACCAUAAAGAACAUGGAAACUUUCACCUCUGUCUUUUGUUUUAAGAUUUUUGUAAUUUUUAAUUAACAUCAUGAUGCCAGAUCAUGGUUGUAAAUAAAAUGUACAAAUGACA